AUGUCGCGUGUGAGUCGCUUCCUUCCUCUCGUGGGUUUCUGCGCUGCCAUCACCGCGUUCCUGUGCGCUUGGGCGCUGCUGGUGCAGGACAAGGACCUGCGGCAGCUUCCCCUGCUUCAAGGCAAAGAGCCCAAGGUCGCUUACCUCCCCAGGACACUUCCAGUCAAGGGUCACUGGGCUUACCUGCCAGCUUCAAGAAUAGCCGGGAUGGGAGAGGCGCUACAGGGUUCUGCUCCGGAGAAAAAGCAGCCGGUGCUGGGUCAGUGGGAGUAUGUUCCAGUGACUGAGUUAAAGCAUGAGAUGCAUUUGAAGCAAAGGAUGAUAUCGCUUGCAAACGCAACAGGCUCGUCUGGUGGCGAUGGAGGGAACUCCACUGAUGAGGAGGAUGCAGCAGCGGCAGCGGCAGACCCGUUCACCGGAGAGCGAACGUGUGCCAUCAGCAGUUUGGUGCGGCAAGCCAAGGCCAUCUUUCCCAGAUGGAACAAGUGUGGAUAUAUUCUUGAAGACAAAGGCGAGGCAGACGAUCCAAAGUAUGACUUUGUCAAGGACGGUGUGAUCUCAGCGCCGUUCAAUGAUACCGAAUGCACACCAGACAACAUUGAUAAACCGCCGUGUAGCAAACUGUCGAUCAGGACUGUUCUUCGAGGUAACGCACAGAGCUUGAUAGAUUGCAUGAUGAGCAUCGAAGGAUUGAGUGAGACCUGCAAUACGUUCGACUCGUGUGGUACAGUCGCGCAGGAUGGAAUAUGGAUGGGUCAGAAAUCCAGUGUCUGCGGUGCCCCGGUGGGUGGCUAUUACAAAGAGCCUGAAGUAGAGAGGAUGUGUGGGAUCUGCGAGAUGUUUCAUGCAACUGCAGGGAUGUUUGCUAUUACCAAGGGUGACCCGGGCGAAUACCAUGGCUGCUUCUCCACAAGCGGGAGAGUAAGAGUCGAACGUGGAGGAAAGGUGGAAGAAGCGUUGCUGGGGGACAUCAGCGUGAAUGACUUGAUCGCCAACGGCCCAGGCCCGAAGGACUUUGGGAGAGUGUACUUCAUCCACGACCAUGUGGAGGACUACCGUGUUGUGCGGCUGGGGACGAGCGAGGGGGAGAUUGAGCUCACACCUCCGCACUACCUGCACGUCUGCAAGUAUCCCUGUCGGGAUAAGCGCUCCGAGAGCAUGCAGCUCAUGCAGGCCUCGGGUGUUGAAACAGGCGAUUAUUUACUAGGACAGGACGGGCUGGUUCAAGUUCGUUCGAUUUCCCGUGAUGUAUCCAAAGUGCGAUACGUCUUGGUUGAGAACGACAUGAUCCUACUCAAUGGGAUAGUUGCCUCAAUCUUCAGCACUGCGGCUGGCUCCUUGGAGACUCUUCCCUUUCGGUUUUUGGAUCGUUUGUUCCCCGGCCUGCUACAGGUCAAGGCGGUGGCAAUUGCUCUCCACGACGUCUUGGAAUCUCCGAUCUUGCGGAGAUUCGAGUCGCUUCUUGAUAUCCUGAGUAGCGUCAAAGAUCUCGGACAGCUACCCUCUCCUCGUCUGCAUGUUGCGGCAGAGAACUAUAUUGCCGCUUCCUCACCUGUGAAUUGA